GUACUCGUUACAGUUCUCCAUUUAAGUGAUUAGUAUAGACUGUUUUUUAUUUAUUUAUUUAUUUAUUUUCCUCAGCGAAAUAACAGAUAGGAAAAACCAAAAGAAAGAAAAGAACAGGUGGGGUCCUUUGAAAAAGCAACAUAAUGAAAAAAACAAACAAUGAACUUCAUUUAAGUUUUAACACAGACUUCUCACAUGUCACUUGUUAAGUUAAGAUUCCAAUUCAAAAUUUGAAUCUGUUUUGUUUCAAAUAUUCUAAUCUAUGUUCAUGAUUUUUUGUUUUGUUUUAGUUGAUGCAUGGGAUUUUUACCAUUUAACUUCGGUAUAAUUCUGGGAUGGGAUUAGUCUCUUCUUUACGUUUUUCUUCUUGAUAUCAUAAUGCGGUGAAGAAGGUAAGCUAAUUUGAACUUCAUAUAUCACCUGAGUUCUGCUAUUUACUUUGUUAAAGGCUUACAGCUUUCCCAACCUACUGUUACAAACAAGGUGCUCUACUUUUACAAUUGCAACUAUUUACAUGUCAAUAUUAAUAAUUUAUGUAUUAACAUCACUUAAAAAAUUGUUAAUUUAACAGGCUAAGACAUUAAGCUUCAGCAUGCCAAAUUAAUAUUUUUUUAAAAAAAAAAAUUUGCUAAAUCAGUUAUAUAUUAUUGGAUUCAGUUUUCUAAUUGGUCCAGCGGGAAUAUUGUGAUGCAUGCAUAUAGAUCAUGGCCGAGAAUAACUCAUCAUAUCUCUCUAGUUUGGACUUUUUGAAGUCAUUCCAUCCACUUGUAAGUUGUGUUUCUCUGAUUAUGAGCUGUUCAAAAAAGAAAAAAAGAACGAAAUCUGUUGACUUCCUGUGAGCGUCAUGAAUCAGAUGUUGAGAUACAUACCCUUUUAACUAUGUUUGAGAUAAACCCACAAUGUGUACUCUUCUCCACGACAAGAGGAAAAAAACACAAGAAAACUUUCUAAGCUAGCGUGUUAAAUUUCUAUGCUAACUAUAUUUGAGAGUCAUGAAUCAGACGUUGAGAUAUAUACCCUUUUGCUCGAAUAACGACCAAGAUCCCGUGCAUGAAGACCUUGUUGAAAUAUCUUUGGGGAUUUUCUUUGUGUUUUCCAUUGGCUUCAUCUAUCUAAACUACAAAAUUGUGCAGUAUUUAGAUGACUACAGGUGGAUUAAAAGAGAAUGGAGGUUGCUGGAUGCUCUUACAAAAGAUUUCCAGACGGCUAACAAAUCAGUGGAAGAAAUAAAGCAGAGAGCUAAUCAAGCGUGGGAGACAGAGCUCAAUCUGAGAGGAAUGACUCAAACAUUGAGUGAAAUAGAGAAGAAGUGGUUGAUGAAAGAGGCAAAGGUGAUCUCAGAUGUGCAGCGCUAUGUUGAUGAUUAUGAGAAACUCAUAACCACAAAAGGAGCUAGAACUAAUUUGAUCAAAUGGUAUGUUUCACUAGUCUUCAAAAAGUCCAUACCAAUAGUUGAGCUAGCCCUUGGAAUUUAUAGAAUCAAGAAGGAGAUAACAAGCCAGCUUAAGCAGAAGAAAGAAUAUACAAACUCCAUUGUUAAGGAACUAGAGGAGUCGAGAAUGAAAGUCCGAAGUUUGCAAGACAGGCCUAUUCAGGAGGCAGAGCAGAGCUCUGUUAUCCGUCCAGUGCCUCUGUCUCGCUCGGCGGUUGCUUUGGUCCUAGAACGCCUGGUUACUGUGGAAUCACAAUCAGGCAUGUUUCGAGGGGUAGAAGAUAAAGUUUCUUCCUUGGUAAUGCAGCUGCAACUACUGAGAGCUUUCAUUAAAGAUUUACAAAAGCUCAGAUUUGAUAGCGAACUUGAAAAGGCUUGGGUGGAGGAGGCACAACUGAUCAAUGCUCGAUCACUGAACGACGUCAAUACAUUCUUGCAAGAUGCAGCAGAUCAGCAGAGAUGGCUCGCUAUCGUCACUGAUUAUCGAUUUCUGAGACGCAAGUUGGAUAAGAUUAUUACUAAUGUUGACAAAGAGAUCUCUCAUCUCCUUGAAACAAAACAAAGGUAUGGUUUUAGUUUUAUCAAGAGAGAAAGAGAUUCCUUCCUAGAUGUGGUGACUGCGCCUUCUGUGAUUCGUACCCAGGACAAUGAUCUGUCUGUUGAAUUGGAGAAUACAUGUAAACAAUUGGAAGAAGAAGAGGCAACUAAUGUUGCCAUUAAUAUGAGAAAAACUUGCCUUGAGUUUUUGAGGAAAUUAGCUUCUGAAGUCAUGCCUUCCAUGAAGACAGAAAGGAGAAUUAAGGAAGCGUUUGAACAUCUCAAAUUAUGCAAAGAAGUGUACACGAUUAAGGUGAUGAAAGAAUCAUGCUUUGCAGUUGGUUUGGAAGAUGACAUACUGAAACUUUUGAAAAUGAUCAGUGAUACUAAUCAAUACGGCUCAGUCAUUUCUGUUGUUGGUAUGAAAGGAGUUGGUAAGACAACUAUCGUCAAAGAACUCUUAAACCAUAAUUCUACUAUCAAAAAAUUUCAUGCUCGUCACUUUGUUUAUGUUCCGGAAGAGACGAGUAAUGUUUCACUACUCCGCAAUGUUGGAAAUCAGAUCCUCCAUACCCAAAAUGAAAGGAGUGAUAACGAAUACUGGAUCAAUAAGUUGCAAGGUUACUUAAAUCGUGAUGAGAAGCCACACCUCCUAGUUCUCGACAACUUGGGGUCCAAAGAAGCUUGGGAUAUACUCAAACCUGCGGUGGUCUCAGUUGGAAACGCUAGACCUAUUAUUUUGAUCACCACUCGUCACAAAGUCGUAGCUUCUCAUGUGAAUUCGAAUUUGAGCAGUAUCCGCCAGCUUCGGCUAAGAACCAGAGAAGAGAGCUGGGAUUUUUUUACACAAAUAGUCUCGUGUCCUUCUAAUGAUGAAGAUGGUGAAGAUGUCAAGCUUGCGAAAAAGGUGGUGUUGAAGGCUGGAGGUCUUCCCCUUGCUAUCUUACGUCUUGGAUAUUUAUUGUCAGGGAAGGAAGUCACUAAGGAGGAGUUGUCUGUGGUGCUGCAGCGUGUAACUCAAGGUCAGAAUCAAACACCAUGGAUGGCCGUUAAGGACACCAUUAAAGAAGACUUGCCAUUUCAACCAGAUCUUGAAAAUUGUCUCUCCUACUUUGAACUGUUCCCAAGGGACUUUGAAAUUUCAGCAAGGAGACUAGUUGCUUUAUGGGUGGCUCGAGGAUUGACACAAAGUGAUAACACCAGUGGAGUGAGAACUCAGGAAAAAGAUGCCUACAAUUAUCUUCUGGAGUUAAUUGGCCGUAACAUCAUUCAAAUAGUCGAAAAAAAGCUCAAUGGGAAAGUUUUGACAUGCCGAUUUCCUGGCAUUUUAAGAGAACUCUGGCUGGCCAGCAGAACAAACAACACUGCAGCUCACUCCUGGUCCUUGUGUGGAACUAUGGAGCAGAAACUUGCCUAUCGAUUCGAUGAUGAAGACACUGGUUUCAGUCGGAGAAUUCAUCGUCUGGACCACUCAAAUCUUUUGCCGGAGGAAAGUUCUCCUCUCUCUAUUAUGUUCUUUGAUACCCGCGAAGGAGAUCAGCCUGGUUUAGAUAUACGAAACUUCCUAUGCAAAGCCAUUAAAACAGGGCGCUUACUUGACUUAGUUGUUCUUGAUCUCGAACAUGUCUACAAGCCUCAAUUGCCCGACAUCAUAGCAAAUCUAAAGAAGCUUACAUAUCUAGGCCUAAGAUGGACUGAAGUAGAGAAGCUCCCCAAAACCAUAGGCCAAUUGUCGAAUCUCCAAACUCUGGACCUAAAGCAUACUCAAGUGCAAAAGCUUCCUAGCUCCAUAUGGAAACUGAAGAAGCUUCGAAAUCUGCAUUUGAACGGGAGUUGUCGAAUCAAAUACAUGCCUCCACCAAACAAUCUUCAUAAGUUAUCUGGCGUACUUGUGGAUCAUGAAGGUGGGGCAUUGAUGGAUGGUCUUCCAAAGUUAGUUAACCUUCGAAAGCUGCGGCUAACGAUCCAAUCGACACUGCAAGAAGGUUUGUCAAGACACAUUGAACAACUGACUAACUUAAGAUCUUUGAGUCUGAGAUCCAUUAAUGAAAGCAGCCAACUCCAGGAGCUAUACGUGCCACAUUUGAAUAAUCUUACACAUCUUUCAAGCCUAACAUUGGCAGGAAAGAUACGAAGAUCAUCUGUCAUGUUUGAUCUACCACGAAGCCUCACUGAACUUACCUUAUCAAGUUCGGAACUUGAAAUAGGGAACCAAAUAAUACAAAUGCUAGGGAAUAACCUUCCAGAACUCAAAUUUCUCUGUUUGCUUGCCAAUUCUUACAGCGAAAAAGAAAUGAUUUGCUCAGUGGGAUUUCCCAAGCUUCUUGUUUUGAAACUUUGGAAUCUUCCUAAUCUGGAAAAACUGGAGGUGAAGGAAGGAGUGAUGUCGAGCCUGAGAACGUUUGAAAUCAGGUGCUGUUUGCAGUUGACAGCAACUAACACUGAGUUACCCAAGUUAGCCACUCUCUCAGAAUUGAAACUAACUAACAUGCCUGAUGAAUACACAGCCGAGUUGAAAAAGAAGUUAACGAAGCUAAAACGCAAUCUGCCGAUUAAAAUCUUCACUUUCAACCCUGAUGAGCCAAAGUAAUUUAAUUAUUAUUCACGUCUUUUAUCUUUAUUGGUGUAAUUAACCGAUACAUAAAUCUAAUAUUAUUGCUUGUGCACGGUGAUUUUUGUUUCACAACAGAUUAUGAAAAAGUUAUUAAGCAUCACUUUCACUCCUACUGUACUAUUACUAAAUUCACUGGCUAUUCAAUUGAGGUCAUCUUUUUCUUUGUCAUGUUUCUAUUGUUUUGUUUUAUGUGACUUGUUAUUACUUGGUUAAUUUAUUCACUGUACAGUCUGUACUGUUAUUUUUAUUCUUGAUUAAUUGUUACAA